CCGGUCGGGCUACGAGCGCGGUGGGAGCACGUCCCAGCUCCGGCACGGUGCUAGCCUCUGAUCCAGCGUGGGGUCUCGGAGCGGGAAGCGCGGCGAAGGGAAGCGGGCUCGGGGAGCAGGGCGGAGGGGUCGAGGCGCGCUGCGCUGCCGCCCGGUCCUCGCCGGGUGCUGCGGGCCCUGGGCGCGCGGGGCUCCGCGGCGCGCGCACUAUGCGGGCGGAUUGCCGGCCGCCGCGAUGGCGAGCCGGGCGCCGCUGAGAGCCGCGCGCAGCCCGCAGGGUCCCCAAGGCCCGGCCGCGCCCGCCGCCACCGGCCGGGCCGCGCUGCCCAGUGCCGGCUGCUGUCCCCUCCCUCCUGGCCGCAACUCCUGCUCCAGGCCUCGGCUGCUCCUUGUGCUGCUCCUACUGCUCCAGGACGCUGGAGCCCAGAAAGGUGAUGGAUGUGGGCACACUGUACUAGGCCCUGAAAGUGGAACCCUUACAUCCAUCAAUUACCCACAUACCUACACAAACAGCACUGUGUGUGAAUGGGAGAUUCGAGUAAAGAUGGGAGAAAGAAUUCGCAUCAAAUUUGGUGACUUUGACAUUGAAGAUUCUGAUUAUUGUCACCUUAAUUACCUGAAAAUCUUUAAUGGAAUUGGAGUCAGCAGAACUGAAAUAGGCAAAUACUGUGGGCUGGGUUUACAAAUGAAUCAGUCAAUUGAGUCCAAGGGCAGUGAAAUCACAGUGCUGUUCAUGAGUGGAAUCCAUGCUUCUGGACGAGGAUUUUUGGCUUCAUACUCAGUUAUAGAUAAAGAAGAUUUAAUCACUUGUUUGGAUACUGUAUCUAAUUUUUUGGAACCAGAGUUCAGUAAAUACUGCCCAGCUGGCUGUCUGCUGCCUUUUGCUGAAAUAUCUGGAACAAUUCCUCAUGGAUAUAGAGAUUCUUCACCAUUGUGUAUGGCUGGAAUCCAUGCAGGAGUAGUAUCAAACAUACUGGGUGGCCAAAUCAGCGUUGUGAUUAGCAAAGGCACCCCGUAUUAUGAAAGUUCUCUGGCCAACAACGUCACUUCCAUGGUGGGAUACUUAUCCGCGAGUCUGUUUACGUUUAAGACAAGUGGUUGCUAUGGGACUCUGGGGAUGGAGUCUGGUGUGAUUGCUGAUCCCCAGAUAACAGCAUCAUCUGUACUGGAGUGGACUGACCACAUGGGGCAGGAGAACAGCUGGAAACCCGAGAAGGCCCGGCUGAGAAGGCCUGGGCCUCCCUGGGCUGCCUUUGCCACCGAUGAGCAUCAGUGGCUGCAGAUAGAUCUUAACAAGGAGAAGCAGAUAACAGGUAUCAUAAGCACUGGGUCUACCAUGGUAGAACACAAUUACUAUGUGUCUGCCUACAGAGUUCUGUACAGUGACGAUGGGCAGAAAUGGACUGUGUACCGCGAACCUGGUGUGGAUCAAGACAAGAUAUUUCAAGGAAACAGAGAUUAUCACAAGGAUGUUCGUAAUAACUUUUUGCCACCAAUUAUUGCACGUUUCAUUAGAGUGAACCCUGUCCAGUGGCAACAGAAAAUUGCCAUGAAAGUGGAACUGCUCGGAUGUCAGUUUACUCUCAAAGGUCGCCUUCCAAAGCUUACUCCUCCUCCUCGGAACAACAAUAACCUCAAAAAUACUACAGCUCAUCCCAAACUAGGUAAAGGUCGUGCCCCUAAAUUCACGCAAGGGCUCCAACCGCGAAGUAGGAAUGAUCUUCCUCUCCCGCCGGCACAGACAACCACCACUCCUGACAUAAAAAACACGACUGUAACUCCCAGUGUAACCAAAGAUGUCGCACUGGCUGCUGUUCUGGUUCCUGUCCUGGUCAUGGCCCUCACCACACUCCUCCUCAUUUUAGUGUGUGCUUGGCAUUGGAGAAGCAGAAAGAAAAAAACUGAAGGCACCUAUGAUUUACCGCACUGGGAUCGGGCAGGUUGGUGGAAAGGGGUGAAGCAGCUUCUCCCGGCCAAGUCGGUGGAACACGAGGAGACGCCCGUGCGCUACAGCAAUAGCGAAGCUAGUCAUCUGAGUCCCAGGGAAGUCACCACAGUGCUGCAAGCUGAUUCCGCAGACUAUGCACAGCCCCUCGUGGGAGGAAUUGUUGGCACACUCCAUCAGAGAUCUACCUUUAAACCUGAAGAAGGAAAGGAAGCUGGCUACGCAGAUCUAGACCCCUACGCCUCUCCAGUCCAGGAGGUGUACCACGCCUAUGCGGAGCCGCUGCCCGUCACAGGGCCUGAGUAUGCAACCCCCAUUGUCAUGGACAUGUCAGGGCACCCCACAGCCUCACUCGGGCUGCCCGCCACAUCCACUUUCAAAACUGCAGGGAACCAACCUCCCCCUUUAGUGGGAACUUACAACCCCCUUCUCUCCAGGACUGACAGCUGCUCCUCGGGCCAGGCUCAGUACGACACCCCAAAAGGUGGGAAGUCAGCAGCUGCCCCAGAGGAACUGGUGUACCAGGUGCCACAGAGCACCCAGGAAGGUGCGGGAGCAGGAAGGGAUGAGAAAUUUGAUGCUUUUAAAGAAAUCCUUUGACGGUGGUGCUGCUUUUUACAAAGCAUCCCUUUAAAGCACAUGACUUUUUCUUAGUGGUAGUAAUGUAGAAUGUAUUACGUAUCUGUCACUGAAGCGGUUAGGGGAAUGUGGUGACCGAGGUACAAGAAACUGCUUGCCUUGCCAUCUUGCUUUAGAGGUGUUACUGUGCGGCACAGUUAUUGCUUGCCUGUUACAUGUCAAACAUCCUGUUUGUUACUACUGUAAAACACUAUUUUUUUAAGAGUUUCUGGUGGGUGUUGUAUUACAGCCACAGGAAUUAACUACUACACGUCCUCUUUCAUCACAUGAGAACAGCCCACAUUCUACAACAAUUCUACAAUUGACAGGAAACACAUUCAACAUCAAACAUGGUCUUUGGAUCGAUGAGUUCUUACAGUUGGGGUUAAGAAUAAGGACUACUAGGUAAUGGGUGCUUUCAAACGUUUGUAGUUUACGUAUGGGAGACCUGAACACCACACACACAGCAUAAGGAGCUAGUAUUCUCUAGUGAUAGAUAGCAUGGCCUUGGCCGAGACAAGUGUGUCCCCCCCCCCCCCUCCCCGGGCAAGCUCAGAACCCUGAGUGGACACCUCACUGGGCCUAACAGUUUUCCUUGUUUGUGGGAUCAGGCCCAGCAGCUGAGCUGGAGGCAGGGUAGGCCCGCUUGGCCCUCAGGCCCUCCCUGGAGCUCUCAGGAGAGUUUCUUCCCGGAAUAUUACUGUCUGUGAGAGAUUUUUCUGGGAGUUCUUGGAAGGCAGUGUGUGAAUCCGCUGAGCUCUCCUGAACACCCUUGACCUUUUGUGAUCUGCUGUCACCAGCUGUUGGUUUGGAAGACUCUACAUUUUCUUUGCCCAGAGAGGGGAAGAUCCCACUAACUUCUGUGCAGCCAGGCGGGGGCUUGUUCUGGUUGCCAUGGUGUUCUCCUAAGAGUGUACGGGCUUAUCUUUCCAGUCAGGACGGCAGCAGACCCUGCUCUCCGUGUCUGUGCAGCUUCAACCUGGAAGAACUCUUUUUCAACAUUUUCUUGUCUCCAUCCAGCUGUUGACAGGAUUCGAGCAACAACUUUAUUUUCUCUGAGCAUGUUGACAUUUCUUCUCAAGCUGAUUCACAUAUUUAAGGUGUGCUACCCGAUUAGCAGACGGAAGGCGCUCUGCCAUGGGAAACUUUGGUGUUCUUCAGCUCUUCAGCAGCCCUUCUAGUUCUUCGGUCGGCCUGCUUCUCUCUCGCUCUCGCUCUUGUCUCUCAGCUGCGUGGUUUCAGUGCCACAUGGUUCGGCUCCUCUGUAGCUCAGCUUCCUCGUCAGCCAUUGUGUUAACUCCUUCAACAAGCGCUGUUUUCUCCGUCUUUACCAAUCUUAGCUCAUUUUCUAACUCCUGUGGGAAUUGUGCAGUGCUUCCUAGGUGGUCUGCACCAUGUCUUUUUAGCUGGCAGCACUCGGACCCUCUGCUCCAGCGCCACAGUCAGAUUUCUGACCUUUCUCUGCUUCCAGCAGAGUUGCUGCUCUCCUCCCUUUCACUGGGAGUUUACACAGCCGCUCGCAGUCUUCAAGUCCUGCGUCUUCCUCCACCUUCUCCAGUUUCUGUUUGCCAGCUUCUACUUCUUGACUGAGGGCAUUUACAGAUGGCGUCUGGUUACAUGGAAAGGAUUCCAAUUUUUUACUUAAGUCAGGUUUUUCCUCCUUGAGGUCCUUGAUUUUUUUUUCCAACUGCAUGCAUGUUGCAAUCUUGAUCUUUAGCCAUUAACUGACUUUUGAAUCUGCUUCCUUAAUUUCAUUUAGCAAUCUUUCAACUUUUCUUUCCCAGUUCUUUACUUCUGAAAGUAAUCUCAGAUUCUCAUUUAAGAUGAAAUUCUGGAUAAACACCUGAUGAUCUUCCAGAAUAUCCAUGGGUGUCUGGGUGACUGACGUUUCCAGAUAAAGGUCCUGCUAAACAUCUUUAUCACAAGUCUGAUCAGUGUCCUGCUUUGGUGUUUUCUGUAGUUUCAGAAAUAUACAUUUCUGAUUCUUUGAUAUCAUAACUAUCGUUUUGACCCCGAACAGCUUUUGCAUGCAAAGCUUUAAUCUCUGCCUCCAAUCUUUUCGGUUCAGUGUCUUUAUUUUUCUCUUAGCUCUUUGUAUGUGGAACUCGGAGUAAGUGGAGUUGCAGAGAGUUUCUGUGGCAUACUGCUUGGCUGCAGGGAACGUCUGCCAAUUGUACGACUUGUUGGCUUCUUUCGGAUUCAGCGUUACACCGCUGAAGUUCCUGCUCCUCUUUUUCUGUUGGCCUUUUGCAUGAGCUCAGGUGACUUUCUUGGAAAUUCACUUGUGACUCCUUAACUUGAAGUUCUUCCUCAACUUGAACAACGAGAAAGCUUCUGCCUUGUUUUCUCCAAAUUUUCACUAAUCUCCAUCAAUCUUUGAUUUUCCCUCUUCAGAUCUGCACCCUCAGUCUUGUCUUCAGCCUUCUAUAGCUCAGCUUCAAGAGAGUCCAGCUGAAACUGUCUCUGCUGUUUCUCCUUCAGUUUGUCUAGCUGUCCUUCAUGCUCUUGAAUCCUCUGAAGAGCUCUGGUAGGGAGACCCUCCUUCCAUUCUUCCAAUGCCCAGCUCAUCUUGUUUUAUUUUUAAAACAUUUAGAAGUAAACUGAGCUCCUGGCAGACCCUGACUCCGUGCUCUGAGAGCCCCGGGUGGGGUGCCUCACCGCCGAGCGCCUCAUGCAGCGCCGCUCCUCUACGCCCAGCUGACGUGAUUCAAACUCCACUAUUUUUAAUACAGAAAAAACCUCCCUAUAAUGCACUUCAAAGAAACUGAAAAUCACUAAGUAUUUAUUACCAAUGCUGCAGGUACAUUAAUGAACUUGAGAUGGUUCUGUAAGCCUUGCUGGCGAUAAUGCAUGGUACUGUUGUUGAGAUACUGAAUGGCUUGAAAUUCUCCCUUGUGAAGGUGGGUAGCUGUGCUUUCCUCCCCCUGUUAAUCCUGUGGUACUGUCUGCAUUCCUUUUCUCCCCUCACAACCAUCCGUGUGUUGUUGUAGCUGUGGCCAUGUACACUUCUCUGUAUUUCCCUAGGAACAUGCAGUUAGAGCAGCCUGCCUUGCAGUGAGCUGGGUGACUGACUGACUGACUUCUUGUGUGCUGAAACUCUUAACAGUAUUAACACCUCCUGGUUCAGGACCUGCUCUCACCUCUGCCCAUCCCACCAGGACCUUUUGUGGCCUUACUCCAACCUGUGCUCAUAAAUGCUGGGGCCUCCUUUUCAGUAAGAGUCACAGGAAGCCAGUCCUUCCUGUCUUUCUGUGCGCAUCUCCACAUGGAAAUGGGAGAGACACUAUCAAGGGAAUCCUCUGUAUCUCUAAGGUAAUAUGUAAAUUACUUUAGGGAAGAAAUUAAAGGGGGAGCAAAAUUUAACUUUCUUUGCUUUAUUUACAGAUAAGCCCCAAAAUUUGCAGAUUUUCCAUAUACUUUAAAAGUUUUAGUCAAAUAUCUUUUAAUUUCAAUUCUCUUCAGUAAACCAGAAAACCACCAUGAGCCAGGUCUGAUGGCUCAGACCUGCAAUCCCGAGUGGACCCACCCCAAGGCUAGUGCUGCUUAGUCUACAGAGUGAGUUCAGGGUUAAACUAAGGGCUGGGGCUCUGUCUCCACGGUGCAGUGCUCCAGUUCAGCAUGUUCAAGGCCACGGGUUCAAUCCCCUCUACUACAAAACGAAAAAAGGCAGCAUGCCUCCUGUGCCUCUGCCUUCUGGCUGGGAAGAGGCGUAAGUGGUCCUUUGUCAGGCCUGGGUCACAGAGCUGCUGGAGCACUGGAAUUGUGUGCCAGCGUACUCGGGACUCCCUGAGCACGACCCGGCUGCACUCAAGCAGGCGGGUAGAUUAGACAUUGUAGUGGAUUAGCAACACAAACUCUAGCCCUUGCUGCAAUCCUCUUUGUAGAUUUGGAGUACACUUGGCCGUCAGGUCCUAGGCGGUCUCUCAGCUUGUACCAUCCAGUUAGAGAAUUGCCAAACUUGCCUAGGUUUGGACAGUGGUAAACAGUACUGACUGUGCUUCCUUCUGCAAGUACACCAGCAUUUUAAAACAUCGUUCAAAACUGUUUCUGCGGGCUCCCUGCCCCUCCUGGAUGACCUUUGUCUUGCAGAGUUUGAGACACAAUCUUGUUCCUUGUUGAAAAAUCAGUGCAUAUUUUGUUUCAAAGUCAUGAAGCAAAAAAGCACAGGUGUUGAACUUGUACUAAAGCAUUUAAGAAUGUGUAGAGCACAAGAUGCAGUUGUCUGUCCCCCUUCAGGUGGGAACAACGCAAACUAUUUGCUGUUCUAUUUUUAACCAUCCUUAGUGGACAGAGAAUAGACCUUUGAGUCACAUACCCAUUGGAAGCUUUAAGAGACAUUUUGAAGAUGAAGUCGUUCUCCCAAAGAAGCCUGCCAUUUUGUGUGUCCCGGCCAUGUUGAUAUGGUGUCCAUUGUGAGACUUGCUCCUGUGGCCACUACUCUCCUGGAACUCUGCAGAUGGUUUCCAUACAAUACUGAGUUACUGUUGUAUGUUUUUCUUUUACAGAUGAAGAGCUGAGCCUGAAUAGAGUGAUUUCUUUCUGGUUUUGUACUUUUCCUUUUAGUUUUUGUAUUAUAGAUCACCUUAAGUUCAACGCCACUUAAAUGUCUGGUCAAUCUUUAGAAGACAAUCAAGUAAAAUGUGAAAGUAACUAUUUUUGGCCAAACCCCUUGGGUAUUUUAUUUUGUUUUACUUUAAUUCUUUGCUUGAACUAUUCAAUACUCAAGUCACUAUGGCUUGGGUUUCUCUUUUCCUAAUAAUGACUGAUUAUAGAAACAGAGCAGUGUGGCAAGUGCAGCCUUUGGGGGCGUUUCAGAAAAUUACACUAACUUGGCUGUCACUUGAUCCUUGGACCCAGCAUAGAUAUUGUGAAUUCUGGUUUGCAUUUUAUUAAGUGCUGUUUGUAGAUCGCAGUAGUUCCUGUUGAAAGUAACAGGACGAGUCCAGUUAUUUAACUCAUGUUUCACUAUUUGCACUUUCCUUUGAACAAUGGGUUGAUUUGCUGUUCACAUAGAGAAUGUGUACAGUCAUUACGGUCACCAUGUGUCCUGUGUGUGUUUCUCCUCUCCCUGCCCCAGGUACGAAGCACGAAAGUGCUUGUAGCCAUUCCCAUGCCUUGGCUCCACAUUGUCACCGGAGAGCAGAAAGGGGAGCAGGAAAACAUGCUAGGCAAGACCACUAGAAAGAACGCAGAGACUAUGGGGAGGGCACUGGGAGGGUCCAAAUCCUCCAGGGAGACUGGCCGGCUCUGUAGGCCUCUGUAUAAAAAGGAGUCGUAAUUCCUGCCUUGUGGGUUGAACUUGAAAGUCCUUGAACUGCAGACCUCUGGGGAGUCAGAUGGUUGUAGGGUACCUAGGGUAGCUGUGGCACCAACCUCAAUUAGACCAAUUUGUGUGUAGUUUCUCUCGCUUUCCAUUUUUGACACUGGGAGGGGUGAAAAUAAAAUGUAUUGAAGUACAGAAGAAGUGGAAAUGGCUGAGUGUCAGUGAUUUUUUUCCCAGAAUGUAUUUUCCUUACCUCGGCAUGUACUGUAGUCACUUGAUAUUUGUAUAUGUUGCUAGAAUUUAGGCUGUUGAAAAUAGUGAGAUUUUAAUGUGUUUUUUUAAUAAAUUAUAUAUGUGUGUCUUGCUCAGAUUAUUUGGAUUAAAUAAAAUAACCUUCACAUCAUAUUCCAGAAAAUGCCAAAUUUCUCAAUGUUGACAACAGUUACAUUUUAUGAGCAGCAUUAUAGUGGGUUAUAGCAUCAUUUCAAAAUAUUCCCACUAAUUUUUCCUCCCUUGGUCCCCUUCCUGUCGUCCUUGCUGUUCAAGUGCCACAGUUGAUCCUCAAGCCUGCCUUAUGGAAGUGAACCAGAACCGCUAUGUGACUGUGUAGGAGAGGGGAACACUCCGUCAGCCUGUGGAGUCAGCUAGUGCCAGCGCGCCCCUCAAUCGGUGGCUGGACACUGCCAGCUCGAGCCACCCUCACUGUCACAUGCUGGUUUUCAAUAUUUCAGGUGUUCUGUUUCUGACACUUCACUCCUAUACAUACUCUCUUUAUGGAGGAAGCAGAUGGACUGCCAGUCACACCAGCACUUCCAGUAACAUUUCCUGUUCAUGCCUUUCCUCCCUUUGCAUGUGGGUACUAACAGUUGGAAGGAAACUGUUUUCUCUCAUGUACCUGAAAUGACCUACUGAAUGUUCCCUGAAGGCAAAAUUUAGUCACGUGAAAUGACUUUUUCCCCCCAUACAAAUAAAAAAAUCAGCCCAAAUCUUAAGGUUUUUACCUGCAUUGUUUUACUCUUCAAUUUUUCUUUAUAUAAACAUUUAAGUUUUUUUUUUUUUGAACAGUUA